AUGGCAGAUAUCGAGCAGCAGACGCCGGUCGAGGAGACGCCCACAAAUGAUGUGGAGAUGAACGAGGGCGCAGGGGAUGCGCCAGGCGGGGAUGUCGAAUUGACGCAGAUGGAGCCAGAGGCGCCGAAGCUGGUCUUGUUCGCAGAGUUGAUGAAGAGCCCGAUCGUUGAAGUGAUUGUCGGAUCUGGGGAGAACCGGGCCACAUACUCUGCGCAUCAAGCAGUAAUCAUCAAAUCACCAGAAUUCGCAAAGCAGGUUGACGCCUUCUCAGCAGGAGGACCCCGCCAAAUCCUCUUUCCUGAUUGCGACAUCGAAGCCAUGGGCUCUGUAAUCGAGUACCUCUACACAGGCGAAUACUUUCCAAAGAGGACCUCGUCCGCGCGCGACGCCCCUCUGGAAAAAGACCCGCGCCAGCCCUCGGCCGACGACGACGGCCUCGGCCUCCUCGUCCACGCCCGCAUCUAUACUCUGGCCGACCGCCUCCAACUCCCCGAGCUGAAAUCGCUCGCGCACUCAAAGAUCCACCGCACCGCGUCCACGGCAAAGGGCGAGCUCGCCUACGCCCGCUACGUAUACAAGGAGUCCAGUCCCGGAGACGCGACGAUUCGCAAGCCGGUUGCUGCCUUUUGGGCGACCCGGUCCUUCAGUCUGCGCCACGAUGCGGAGCCAGAGUUCAAGGCCAUGUGUCUCGAGUUUCCGCAGUUCUCGUACGAUGUCCUGCAGCUGGUGCUUGACCAGCAGGAGAAGAGCAGGCGUGGAGGGGGCGACGAUGGGCUGUCGUCGCGUGGUGGGCCGAGUGUAGUUCCAGGGAGCACGAGGAAGAGGGCGAGACUUGGUUGGGUCGAUUGGCUGCGAGACGGACGGUGGGAGAAUGCCAAGUUGGCCGCACCGUCUGUCCCGGCCCUGGUCCCCCCCGCACUGCAUGUUUGUGUUAGCGACGCGAGUGGACCAGAGGCGUUGCCCGACGCGCUUCAGAUUGCAGUAGAGGGCAUAGCACAUAGGUAUUGUGGCAUAGCAUAG